AUGUCGGCACCUUCUCUCGCAGUCCCUUCGACUGGAAACCGCUUCGUGCGACGCCUCUCUUCCACUGAAGCUACUCGUGAGAACAUCAAAAUGGGCCCAACAGUCGUCGUCCCCCCACAACAUCUCAUGGCUCCAUCAAAAGCAUCAGAGAUUGCCAGCGCCUUUGAGACUGCCAGACAUCACCUUGACUCUACCGUGAGUCCUGGAUCACCCGGCUACACUCCUCCUGAGACUUCAGUUACCGACAAAUAUGCUUUCGCCUUUGAUAUCGACGGUGUUCUUAUCCGGGGUGGUCGACCAAUUCCAGAAGCUGUUGAAGCCAUGAAGAUGCUCAACGGCGAGAACGAGUACGGUAUUGUCGUGCCAUACAUCUUCGUCACAAACGGUGGUGGUAAGACUGAAGCCGAGCGUUGUGUGCAACUCAGCAAGCAAAUGGAGAUCGAAGUAUCACCUGGACAAUUCAUCUGCGGACACACCCCUAUGAGGGAGAUGGCAGAGAAGUACAAGACUGUCCUCGUCGUUGGAGGCGAGGGCGAGAAGUGCCGCAUCGUUGCUGAGGGCUACGGCUUCAAGGAUGUUGUUACUCCAGGAGACAUCAUCAAAGACAACCAGGACACUACCCCAUUCCGCAAGCUCACAGAAGAAGAAUACAAGAAUUCGCGAGCCCGAAACUUCGCUGAGGUCGAAAUUGAGGCGAUCUUCGUCUUCGCCGAUUCUCGCGAUUGGGCUUCGGAUCAGCAGAUCAUCCUGGACCUGCUUAUGUCGAAGAAGGGUCGUCUUGGAACACGAUCUGCCAACUUCGACGAGGGACCACCAGUCUUCUUCUCACACAACGACGUCGUUUGGAGUGCUUCGCACGACCUUACUCGUAUUGGUAUGGGCGCCCUCCGUGUUUCACUCGAGGCCAUGUUCAAAGCAGUCACUGGCCGAGAGCUGAAGACUACUGCAUUUGGCAAGCCUCAGAUCGGCACUUUCGAGUUUGCCACUCGACUUCUCAAGGAAUGGCGAAGGGAUACUCACCGUAUCAACUCGCCUCCUUCAACUGUCUACUUUGUCGGUGACACACCGGAGUCCGACAUCAGGGGCACUAACGAGUACAACGCGCACACCGACUCAGCAAAUUGGUACUCUAUCCUGGUGGAGACAGGCGUUUACCAACGCGGUACUACACCUCGCUUUGAGCCCAAGGCUAUUGUGAGCAAUGUCCUCGAAGCUGUGAGGCACGGUAUGGAGCGCGAGUACAAGAGGGCUCUGCGAGAGAGCAUGAUGAACACUGGUGUGCUUGAGGAGUAG